UUAAAAUGUUGAGAUUGUAGUUGUUGCUGUGCAUUUGCUGUUGUUUCUAGUAAUAUUUGUCAAAUUUGUUUUUUCCCAUCUUGACUGCAUUGUGUAUAUUGGUGAAUCUUUUUUUUUUUUUUAAUUUGAAACCACUAAGUUAAACUUAGUGGAGGAUACUUUAUCAAUAAUAAUAAACAAAAGCAAAAAGGCAAAAACAAAUACAAAUAGACACAGGUCCUACAUAUUCUCAACCCUAGACCUCAAAUAGGAAAGUAAGCUCCGGUGACGGCGACAUCGCUGCGCACCGUGACUUCACCUUAGAUACAGGUCUGGAUCUCCGAUAUGAAAUCCCUUAUUAUCGCACCAUAAUCUCUCACCAGUGCAGUGUAUCCAUGGCCAAGGAGUAAAACUCAAAAAUCCAGAUCGUUCUCUUUCAGCGCCACCUUUGUAUCUCUCUGUGUCUGCUUCAUGUGGCUUCCAUCUAGCUUUCAUUUGAUAGGAUGAGCACCAAUUGGCACUAAUACCACACAUCAACCGAUUACUAGUUGAAAGUAUAUGUUGCAGAAUAUAGAGGAUGGGACCAGGGAGAAGAACACAUACCUUCAGACCUAGUAAUUCAGCACCUUCAUCACCAUACCAGGGAAAAAAUGCUCGAGUUUUUAGAAAUUUGCCGAGAGAUCAACUUGGCGGUGUUAUAUUUGGCUGCAGGAAUACUACAAUAAGAGAAUGUCUCGAAACUCAACUAUUUGGCUUACCUAGUCAACACAUUUCAUAUGUGAAAAAUGUAAAUCCUGGUUUGCCACUGUUCUUGUUCAACUAUAGCGAUAGGAAGCUCCAUGGAAUCUUUGAGGCUGCAAGCUCUGGUCAAAUGCAAAUCGAUCCAUAUGCUUGGACAUCAGAUAACCCUGGAAGAACAGGAUAUCCUGCACAGGUUCAGAUACGUGUCCGUCUGUAUUGUCAACCACUGUUAGAAGAUCAGUUUAAACCAAUAAUUUUGGAUAACUAUUACAGUCUGCAUCAUUUCUUGUUUGAGCUAGAUCAUGCUCAAUCUAGUAAAUUGAUCUCCAAACUCUCAUCUCUUGCAUUUGCUCCAAGUAGCAUAUCACAUAAUCCAGCAUAUCGGAGAAGUAUAGUCCAACGUCUACCUGCAAAUGACGAGGUUGCAGAUAACGGAUCUUUUGAGCCACAAGACUGGGAAUAUAAACCAUCCAGUUCCAUUGAUGUGAACAGGAAGUUGGGUGCUGGAGACAUUUCUCGUUGGUCAGAUGAUAGAGAACUGCAGCCUGAGGCACCACUUCAUAGUCAAGCCGCAUCAGAUGCGAAGGAUUUUAUAUACAUGAAACUUAAAGAAUUAGCUCUUGCACGUGCACGCUCAGGGUCCCCCACAAAUGGGCAUGCAGAAGAAAGCACCAAUGCGGCGCUAAGUAAUGAUAAUGAUGUAAGCAUUGGCCAAACAGCUUUUCUGGAACCACAGCCUCCUGAAGAAGAGAAGAAUAAAGAAGGCUCUUGUGACUUGUCUGGCUAUCCUUCUUUUAUAACUCAGCUGGUUAUGAAAGAACUGAAAGAUUUUAGGGAAGAGCAAACCCAAAAAAUGAGUGGCCUGGAGCAAAAGCUGGGAAAAAUUAGUAGCUUGGAGCAAGAGCUGGCUGAUGCAAAAGAAGAAAUUGAACUUCUAAAACGAAGAUGUUUGAUGUUGGAGUCCACGAGUUCUUCGCGUACACAUGACAGUGAAGAUGUGGUUGAGUCAGACGAUAUAGUGAAUGAUGAGUCAAUCAUCCUAGCUGGAGGAUAUGAUGGUGAUUCAUGGUUAUCAGCUUUGGACUUGUACUCGCCUUUAAAUGAUGUUUUAAAGUCACUUCAGCCAAUGAAUUCAGUUCGGUCAUAUUUUGCAAUUGCAAAUCUGAGUGGAGAACUUUAUGUAUUUGGUGGCGGAUCUGGAAGCUUGUGGUACAACACAGUUGAAUCAUAUAACCCGGCCAAUAAUAAGUGGACUGUGCAUCCUUGUUUGAAUGGGAAAAAGGGUAACUUAUCUGGAGCUCUUUUGAAGGACAAGAUCUUUGCAAUUGGUGGCGGAACUGAUAUUGAAUGCUUUUCAGAAGUUGAAAUGUAUGAUCCUCAAGUAGGUCGAUGGAUUUCUACACAAUCCAUGUCGCAGAAGCGAUUUGCUCUUGCAGCAGCAGAACUCGAUGGUGCAUUAUAUGCUGUUGGUGGAUAUGAUGGAAGCAAUUAUUUGGCGACUGCUGAAAGAUUUGACCCCAGAGAACACGCUUGGGCAAAAAUUGAGAGUAUGAGCACAAAAAGAGGAUCUCAUGCUUUGGUUCCUUUGAGGGGAAAGUUAUAUGCACUUGGUGGCUAUGAUGGGUCUCAACAUGUGCCGAGCAUUGAGAUUUAUGAUCCCCGUCUUGGAACAUGGAUAAUCGGGGAACCAAUGAACUACCCAAGGGGGUAUUCAGCUGCUGCUGUUCUAAAGGAGUCCAUUUAUGUAAUUGGAGGCGUUCAAUCUGAUGAAAUGCUAGACAUGAUUGAACGUUAUAAGGAGGGUGAAGGCUGGCAAACAACCAACUCGCGGGCUGUCGGGAAAAGGUACGAACUUACAGGACGACGCCUCCGCUCAUUAGGAUCUGCACGUACCAGCUUAUUGGUGAGCCCUAUCUCAUUCGGGGUUUAGUUAACUUUUGUUUAUGAUUUGUUAUGCAUCUAAGGUAUGCUGGGGGACUUGUCCCAGUAAGUAUAUUUUCCAGUCAGAGUCAUGAUAGAGGUUUCAUAGACUAGACAAGUCAGUUAUGUCAUGUCAGACAUUCGGAGUCGUAUAGCCAUUUUGGCUCAUUCAUGUUAUUUCCGCACUUAUGUUUAAACAAGUAAUUUUAUUAAGUAUUAUGACUUACUACGUUUUAUAAA